AUGAGUGAGCGCUCGUCCGAGACUGGCUCGACUGGAGGGUUGGUGGUGGAGAACGGUUGUGUAGUGGGAGGCUCCUUCGUCUCCAACUGUCACCAUCUCUCCAAGAAGCAAAUCCCAGAUCCUGACACGGUGCUAGAAAGUGAAUCAUCAAUUUCCACUAUCCAAAGCGGUCCACAUAAGCUUAGUCUGGACCUGGACAGCCACAGUCUGACUUCCCAGGAUUCCGGUAUCCCGACAUUGGAACUAAACCCUCCCGAUCUCGCCGGAGGAGACUCUCCCGCCACUUUAACGUUGGAUGAUGACACUUGCGACAAGUCCACCGGAUUCCCGCGCGGAAGCUUCUUCAGCCCCACUCUCAGAUUGCCGGCCACGGCCCACCGAGGGUUGAACCGCAGCGACGACGUCUCCGUGUGCAGCGCGUCCAGCGCGAGCACGGAGCUCUCUGCGUCCAACGAGGACAUCCCGCACUUCACCGUCACCUCCGACUCCAGCGCCAUCGUCACCUUGGAGACGGACGACAGCUGCGCGGCUCCUUUCUCAGACGUCUCUCUGACUUCGUUGUCGAGAAGCUCCAGGGGCGAGGUGCGAGCGAACCCCCCAGGACUCCUCAGACUGGAAGAGGAGAGCAAGCAGAAGAAAUUGGGUUCUUUCGCUAGCUUGUUUAACAGGAGCCUCUUUGCCAGGAAAGUCAAGGACAGUCACUCAGUGGAGCAGCGGGAUGCUGGAUGGAAGCUGUUCGGGAAGGUGCCGCCACGCGAGGUGCCCAUUAGGGACCCCAAAAGGAUACAACAGGAAUAUGAAACAAAGACCGGUAAACCUGGACCCGGCAACGCGACGUCCCCCAGGCAGAACGUGAGGAAAAACCUAGACUUUGAGCCUCUUUCCACGACUGCUCUGAUCCUGGAGGACAGACCCGCUAAUCUUCCAGCCAAGCCCCCCGACGAGGCCGAGAAACAUCGUCAGGAAUACGAAGAGAUGGUGGCCCAGGCCAAGAAGAAAGAGCUGAAAGAGGCCCAGAAGAGGAAGAAGCGACUGGAGGAGCGCUGCAAGGUAGAAGAGAGCAUCGGAUCAGCCGCCCAGACGUGGAACCAGGAGAUUUUACCCAACUGGAGCUCCAUGUGCACAUCUCGACGAGCAAGGGAGCUGUGGUGGCAGGGCAUCCCGCCCAGUGUCAGAGGCAAAGUGUGGAGCCUGGCGAUGGGCAACGAACUGAAUAUCACACACGAGCUUUAUAAUAUCUGUUUGGCACGAGCGAAAGAAAAAUGGAGGAACGCGCCAGACGCCGAAAGCCAAGAUGCGGGUUCGUCCAAUCGGGAGUCGAGCUUGGAGCUGAUCAAGCUGGACAUCUCCAGAACUUUCCCCCAGUUGUGCAUCUUCCAGGAGGGUGGGCCUUAUCAUGAUGUGCUGCACAGCAUUCUGGGAGCCUACACUUGCUACCGACCAGAUGUCGGCUAUGUGCAGGGAAUGUCAUUCAUCGCGGCGGUGCUCAUUUUAAACCUGGACACGGCCGACGCCUUCAUAGCGUUCGCUAAUCUGCUCAACAAACCUUGUCAGAUGGCCUUCUUCAGAGUGGACCACAGCCUUAUGUUGACGUACUUUGCUGCAUUCGAGGUGUUCUUUGAAGAAAACCUACCAAAGCUCUUUGCGCAUUUCAAGGGGAACAAGCUGACCCCGGAUAUUUAUUUGAUCGACUGGAUCUUCACCCUGUAUAGUAAGUCUCUACCACUGGACCUGGCGUCCCGCGUGUGGGACGUCUUCUGCCGGGACGGCGAGGAGUUCCUGUUUCGCACGGCGCUCGGACUGCUGCGCCUCUUCCAAGACGUUCUGACCGGCAUGGACUUCAUCCAUAUGGCGCAGUUCCUCACCCGCCUGCCUGACCUCAUCCCCGCCGAACGGCUCUUCCAGCACAUCGCCGCGGUCCACAUGACGAGCCGUAACAGGAAGUGGGCCUUGGUCCUGCAGACGCUACAGAAAGAUCCGGAACGAGGAAGUCCUGUGCUGAAGCACUGA